AUGCCACAGACGGUGCCUCGAUCUGGGUGCAGCCCUCCAUCGGCGUCCCAGGGUGAGAGAGCAGUACCGACAUCUCCAGCCGACAUACAUCAUCUCCUGCGCCUUCUCGGCGCCGAAUCCCCUCCAGAACCCAUGCUGCACUCCCCCCCAACACAUAUCAAACCACCGCCACCGUAUCCAGAAGAUAACAAUUAUCUUGAACGUCUAUACGAUUUUGAAGGCUACCCUACCCCGUCUCCCUCAUCAGACGAAGGAUCAAUCCCAACAGUGGCGCUGCAACCUCCUUCCCCUUACAAUUCCCUUCAAUACUCCCCAAUCUUCAUCAAAGAGGAACCAAAUAGAUUAUCAAUUCCUGGGUUCGCGUCACCCUACCCGCUGUCACCGUCAGGUUCUUGCGUAUCAUACGGCAGUCAAAAUCAGUACUCAUCUCCUGUUCCGCAACACGAAGAAUACAUAGAAAUCGAGGAACUUCUAAAAGAGAAUCAAAUAUUACAAGAAAGUGUACAACAGAGUUAUAUAACACCUAAAAUAGAAGUUGAGGAACCAAGAGAUCAUAUUCUCCUGCGGUCGGCGCUCGAAGAUACGUCAUUCCAGAAGCGACUUAAUUUGAGACCGAUUCCAUUGGAAUUAGGAAGUGUCAAAAUGGAGGAAAGUAGUGGUGGCGCUGCAGAUGAAGCUUUGGUCGCACCUGAUAUAGAUCGUGUGCUUACAAUGGCUAUAGAACAGUCUAAGCGAGAUGUAGACAAUACUUGCACAGUACUGGGCAUAUCACCAGAUCCCAUGCAAUGGAGUAGUAGUGACGUCAAAUCGUGGAUAAUGUUCACAGUUCAACAUUUCAACUUGCCAAUGGUACCUGCGGAAUAUUUUGCCAUGGACGGCGCGGCGCUAAUCGCACUCACAGAAGAUGAAUUUAACCAAAGGGCACCUCAAGCGGGAAGCACACUAUAUGCUCAACUCGAGAUUUGGAAGGCGGCAAGACACGAGAGCUGGAGGGGCCAAUGGGUGGAGAACGAACAGCCUUCGCCUACACCAGCCCCCCCUAGCUUGACAUCACCUGAGGAUAUGAGUGAUGAUGAGGACUCAGAAUCGCCCGGUACCAGUGCAACUCAAGGUGGAGGCAAAGUGAAGACUGGCAGCACACAUAUACACCUCUGGCAGUUCCUUAAAGAGCUUCUGGCUUCACCCCACAUACACGGGUCCGCGAUACGGUGGUUAGACCGAAGUAACGGAGUAUUCAAAAUUGAAGAUUCAGUCCGUGUAGCCAGGUUGUGGGGCAAGAGAAAAAACAGACCUGCUAUGAACUACGACAAACUGUCCAGGAGUAUACGACAGUAUUACAAAAAAGGCAUCAUGAAGAAAACCGAGAGGAGUCAGAGGCUCGUUUACCAAUUUUGUCAUCCGUACUCCUUAUAGGCACAACGAAAUAACUUAGUAUAAGUUAUUUGUAAAUAUUUAUUGUAAAUAAGGACGUGUGAGAGCCGCGGUAAUGCGGACAAAAUGGCGACUGGUUGUCUUUUGCGACAUAAAGCAAAAUUCGACGCAGUUUUUGAGUUUGUCGAUGUUCUAACAGCAUCUCGAUGAGCAAGUUAGCGCUCGGAGAUGUGAUUAAAAUGUCGAUCAACGCUCCUCCAUACAAUUCGGGAAAGGUAAUUUUCUCUGGAAUUCUAUUGGAUGGAGAUAACGUACGAGCUAGUUUUAAGUUCUCUUUUACCGGCGAUUAGGCGACGAUCAUCGAUUGUUCGAUUAAUCAAUCUCUAUGAUUGAUAUUCGUUCGUCAGUCGAAAGCUGGUAAUUUUUAUCCCAUAUAUCUAUGAUAUAUUUCUAGUACGUUCUAUGAACUUAUAGGUAAGUAAGCGAUGUAAAUAAUUACGUUCGUUGUUUAAAAAAAAUAGAGCAUAAGCUCGUGUUAUCGUUUAAUAUUAUGAAGAGGUAAUUCUCAUUUAAUUUUAUAAUUAUUUAUAAAAGUUUUAUGAUAAUCGAGAUUAAUUGUUUUAUAUUAUAAUUUUAUAUUUUAAGCGACGUUUGACGUUUGCUUCGUUUUAAGAUGUAACUCGUUAGUUGUUAAUGAUUUUUAUUCGUGUAUGAACACGUGGGACACUUGCAAUGUAGGUGUAGUUAGCUAGAUUAAAGUCAAGACGGUUCAGUUUGAACUUUGGAAAAAAAAAUUGAAAAAUUUUGUGCCAAAUAGACAUUUAAUUCUCCGUAUUUAUUCGGGACAAAAUAAUAAUUUUAUCGGUAGCCCGAUGUAAAAUUGUAAAAACGUAAAUAAUAUAAAAUGGUGUUGGGUUAAUAGGGUUGUAGGUUAAGAUAAUAAAUUAAGAAUGCGACGCAGUUAGCGUACAUAUUAAUGUUAUUGGACCAAACUAAUGUAGAUUUUAUGAAUCAUGUUAUAUUACGUUGCAUCAAAAUAAAUGGCCAUUUAUAUAA